AUGUCAUUGUUCGCAUCCGAAUACAUACCUUUACCACCCUCACAACAACGACGUAGCAGUGUUGAUAUUCGUGGUCAAUCAGUCAACUCGGACAUUCUGGUGGCCUUGUUGGAUCGACCAGGCGAGAUGCACGCACUGACAGCCCGAAACACUCACUUUUACACCGCUUUGAAAAAUUACAUCACCGAAACCCAAGGUGCUGAUGCGUGGCUACGCUUUCAAGAAAUCGUGUAUGCCCCCCGUGAAGAGAUUCCUGACCGUGAAUGGAUCAAUGCGAUUUCAGCCUUUUUAUCCCAUAAUCCCGUAUUUCUCAGCAAAUUCAAAGAAAGCGUUGGUUACGAAGACGACGAUGAUUAUCAUUCUGAGGAGGAUGAAGAUUCAUCACCCUUACCCUCUCCACGACAAAGCUAUUACUACGAUGACGACGAUGACGAAGGCAUGGUUGGAAAAAGAAGACGUAGUCGACAAUCCAGUGGCGGCGGUGCUUCAAGGUCAUCCAUGAUGAUGAUGAGGCCAACGUACGAAUGUUUAUUGGCGUUGCGUGAUUAUCCAAACAUCCAAGCUCGAUUACCACUCAUGUGCCCUGCUUACUUUCGAAAAGCACGACAACUCAUGUCGUUAGCUCCUUCAGCUUCCCGAUCCAAUGCCGUGCGUCGUAACUCUAUCUUGGAAGAAGUCGAUGUGAUGGAUGAUUCAACCGGUGGUGAUGAGGAACAACGUUUCAACAUGUGUGAUCAAGAUUCAGAAGGACCCUAUGAGCACUUUUGCCAAGUGGUUUGCACUACACGUCAAGAACAACCUGAUGAUGAAGCAUGGUUGGAUGCCAUUGUCGAAUCAUUGGAUGGUUGGCCUCAAUUAUUAGAUGAUCUCGAACAAAUUGCAAUGUCACUCGAUGCACAAGAGGAUGAUGAACAACAAGGAUCGCCAGAUGCAUAUAUCUAG